CAGAUCCUGGAUCAGCAACAGGAGCCGCUCACAGUCAGGACAAUGAUCAGACACCAUCAAUUAUUAUCUAAAUUAUAAACUAAAUAAACUUCCAAAUAAAAUAUGAACUGUGAACUUGAACCAGUUAAUUUUCAUGCGUUGGAACUGGACUUACAACUGGUUGUUUUCAAGAGUGAACUGGUUUAACAGGGAGGAGGAGCCUGAGAACAGGUAAGUGUCAGACUCCAUUUUCACCUGGAUGAGCAGAAGGAAGAAAAGUGAGCAGACUGAAGAUGAGUGGUUAUGAAGAGGAAGUGGACAGAGCAGAGUCUCCAGUGUUCAGCUGUGUGUCUCUGAAGAGUGACUGGUCCAAAGAUUAUCCUCCACUCUUCAGUAAAGAACCUGGACCCUCACACACAAAAGGUCAGGACCACAGACUGAGAGCAGAGUCUCCAGGGUCCAGCUGUCUGUCUCUGAAGAGUGACUGGUCCAAAGAUUAUCCUCCACUCUUCAGUAAUGAACCUGGACCUUCACACACAGAGGAGAGGAAGAGGAGUCAUGUUUCUGAGGAGGAGCAGUCGUCCUGCUGUGCUUCGUGUCAGGACGUCCUGAAGGAUCCAGUCUCCACCAGCUGUGGACACUGGUUCUGCAGACAGUGCAUCACCUCAUACUGGGACCAGUCUGGUUCUUCAGGAAACUCCUCCUGUCCCCAGUGUGGACAAAGAUCCAGAACAGGAGCUGGAGCAGAUCGUGGUCUGCAGGAGGUUUUAGAUGAACAUAAGCUCAGUCUGAGGAGGAGAUGUGAACAUGUGACUGAAGGAACUGAUGAAAGAGGAAGUAGAACCCUCCUCAACAGGAUCUACACUGAGCUCUACAUCACAGAGGGACAGAGUGAAGAGGUUAAUACUCAACAUGAGGUGAGUCAGCUUGAGACGGCUUCCAAGAAGAAGAUCCUCCAGGACACUCCCAUCAAGGUCCACGACAUCUUUAAAACCUCCACUGACCAGCAGAGCAGCAUCAGAGUCGUCCUGACCAACGGCGUCGCUGGCGUUGGAAAAACCUUCUUGGUGCAGAAGUUCACUCUGGACUGGGCAGAGGGUUUAGAAAACCAGGAUGUGGGUCUGCUGACUGUGCUUUCGUUCAGGGAGCUGAACCUGGUGAAGGACCAGCAGCACAGUCUUCUCACGCUGCUCCAUGUUUUCCAUCCAGCGUUACAGAAGCUCACUGCAGAGACGCUCGCUGUCUGUAAACCUUUGUUCAUCUUUGACGGCCUGGAUGAAAGCAGACCUUCUCUGGACUUCAACCACAGGGAGCUUGUGUCUGAUGUCACACAGAGGUCAUCAGUCAACGUGCUGCUGACAAACCUCAUCCAGGGGAAUCUGCUUCCCUCGGCUCUCGUCUGGAUAACCUCCAGACCUGCGGCGGCAAAUCAGAUCCCUCCUACAUGUGUUGACAGGGUCACAGAAGUAAGAGGCUUCACUGAUGCCCAGAAGGACGAGUACUUCAGGAGGAGAUUCAGUGAUGAAGAGCUGUGCAGCAGAAUCAUCUCACACAUCAAGACGUCCAGGAGCCUCCACAUCAUGUGUCAAAUCCCAGUCUUCUGCUGGAUCAGUGCUACAGUUCUGGAGCACAUGUUGAGCACAGACCAGAGUGGAGAGCUGCCCAAGACCCUGACUGGCCUGUACUCACACUUCCUGCUGGUUCAGACAAAGAGGAAGAACAACAAGUACGGUGAGGGACAUGAGACGACUCCACAGCAGCUGACGGAGGCUGACAGGGACGUUCUCCUGAAGCUGGGGAGCCUGGCACUUAAACAUCUGGAGGAAGGAAACAUCAUGUUCUACCAAGAAGACCUGGAGCAGUGUGGUCUUAAUGUCACACAGGCCUCGGUGUACUCAGGAGUUUGUACUGAGAUCUUCAGAAGAGAGUGUGUGAUCUUCCAGAAAUCCGUCUACUGCUUUGUUCAUCUGAGCGUUCAGGAGUUUCUGGCUGCAGUCUACAUGUUCCACUGUUACACCAAGAGUAACACAGAAGAACUCAACAACUUCUUGGGAAAAUAUUGGAAAACACAAAGUACCUUCUCCCUGGAUGACCUCCUGAAGAGAACCAUGGAGAAAUCCCUCACCAGUACAAAUGGUCAUCUGGACCUGUUUGUUCGCUUCCUUCACGGCCUCAGUCUGGAGUCCAACCAGAGAGUCUUAGGAGGCCUGCUGGGUCGGACAGGGAACAAUCAAAAGAUCAUCCAGAGAGUAAUCAACAACCUGAAGGAGAUGCAGAGUGGUGACAUUUCUCCUGACAGAAGCAUCAACAUCUUCCACUGUCUGACUGAGAUGAACGACCACUCAGUUCAUCAGCAGAUGAAACAGUUCCUGAAGUCAGAGAACAGAUCGCAGGAGGAACUCUCUGAGAUCCACUGCUCAGCUCUGGCCUACAUGCUGCAGAUGUCAGAGGAGGUUCUGGAUGAGUUGGACCUGGAGAAGUUUAACACAUCAGACCAGGGUCUAUGGAGACUGAUCCCAGCUGUGAGGAACUGCAGGAAAGCUCGACUCUGUAGUUGUGUACUCUCAUGGGCUCACUGGGAAGUUGUGGCCUCAGCUCUGAAGUCAGACCCCUCACAUCUGAGAGAACUGGAUCUGAGCGAAAACUACCUGAAGGAUUCAGAAGUGAAGCUGCUGUGUUCUGGACUGGAGAGUCCAAACUGUCAACUGGAGACUCUGAGGUUGGAGAGCUGCAGUCUGUCAGCGAUCAACUGUUCUUCUCUGGCUUCAGCUCUGAGGUCAAACCCCUCUCAUCUGAGAGAACUGGAUCUGAGUGACAACAACCUGCAGGACUCAGGAGUGAAGGAGCUGCUUGAUCUACAGCAGAGUUCAACCUGUCGACUGGAGACUCUGAGGUGGUGAUCUUUGUUGAGCUGAGUGUGAAGAGGACAGUGUGUGUGUGGACGGAGGCUGAGCUGUGUCCUGAGGAUCCAGAGGCUGAAGCAGCAGCAACUUAUUCUGAACACAAACACAUUCAGCAGAUUUUUUUUGUUAACGACGACAUAACUGCAGAUCAACACUUUUCUAAGUCUCUAUUGAAUGAAUUUGCAGCAUCUUUUUUGAUCUCUUGGAGCCCCGGUGCGCUGGCCACACACCCACGCCCGCUCCUGGUAUUUCAUGAGGGCCUGAUACGAUGAUGAUUUAAAAAAUGAACGUGAAGUUUAAUCACGUUCACGUUAAUGAUAUGAAAACUGAUUCGUUAAGUUGAGCGUUCGCGAAACAUAUGCACAACACUGUACAGUACAGCCACUUCAGAGGGACUGAAGAGCCGCGUUCGGCUCCAGAGCCGCGGGUUGCCGACCCCUGUGCGGAACCGAAAUUGUAUGGUGUAUUGGACGUUUUAGUGUCUCCUGUGGCAGCGGUGUCCGUCCCUUUCUAGCUGUCCUCUGGAAACACUUCCGUUGUGUUGUCACCUCUAUUUGCUGCGCGUUCGUCUAUUUGCUGCGCGUUCGUCUAUUUGCAGCGUGUGUGUCUAUUUGCAGCACGUGUGUCUAUUUGCAGUGCGUUUCUGUAAUGUGUUGUGUUGUGUUGUGAAAUUGAUGAAGAUGUUUUCUUACUUUGCUUGUGUUUUGUCAACUUGCAUGUGUUUUGUCAACUUGCAUGUGUUUUCUUAAGUUGCUGUUCGUUGAGCUCUCAGGGCCACCGUACUUUCCUCCGUUCACGAUCUUUACUGCUUGUCCUCUUGAGGGCAGCAGGGGGAGCUGGAGUCGAUCCCAGCUGACAUUGGGUGGGAGGUGUGGUGCGCCUUGGACAGGUCACCACUCCGUCACAGGGCUGACAAACAACCAUUCACACUCACAUUAACACCCUCACAGCCCAAAAGUCUUGCCCCUCGCUGCCAAUAAUGUUUAUUCACAUGAAGAAUGUGUUCAUUGAAAUGACACAACACCAACAGAAUAUAUAAACCCCCUGUAAAGGGUCACAUAUAGUGUAUUUAACUUUGCGUUUAUUAUUUUCCACCUUUGUCCCUCAAUAUGUCUCCAUGUGUGUAUAACCACAUUCUGUGUAUCUGUUUGUUUAUGAUCUUAAAGUUCCUGGAUUCACGUCACAAAUUGAUUUAGUUCAACACAAAGUUAAACACAUUUAAAUCACUUUGAGUUUAGAAUCAGAGUUUUGUCUUUGACACAAAAGAUCAAAACUCUGGACAUAAAAAUGGGACGUUUUCAUUUCUGCAUCAGGUGCUGAGGAGUGGUUGCUUUUCUACUUUUUGACCCACAGGUGGCGCUGCAGUAUAACAGCAGCACAUCGCGGUCAAAGCCUUUAUAUUCAGUCUAUGAGUCAAACUCAUGGAUCAUUUCCUCUGUGACAAACCAGAUGUAACGAGAAGAAAAACAUCUCAGAGAGAAAAGUUUUGUUGUUUCUACUUGUCUCUGCUUUAAUGCUCAAUAAACAUCCUUCCACCGA